AUGUCGCCCAAAAAGUGGAAGGACAUCUACGCGAAAGAGUUCGACAGCGCCGCGUUCGGGUGCAUCAUCGAGCUCACCGAAACGCACGAGUUCAUCGGCUACGCGCUCCUGCACAUCCGCGAGCCCAAGAACCGCGAUGGCGACUUUGGGUUCGGGCUCCUGCCGCAGUUCUGGGGGAAAGGGUACGGGACCGAGGCGCUCGAGUUUAUCAUCGAGCAUGCGUUUCGCUGGUUUGGGCUGCACCGGUUCUCGCUAGGCACGUUUUCGCCGAAUGAGAGGGCGCUGAAGAUGUAUUUGAAGGUGGGCUUUACCAUCGAGGGACGGAAACGCGAGUGUCUUUGGUACGAUAACAAGUUCGUCGAUAUUAUUGACUUGGGCAUUCUUCGAAGGGAGUGGGCUGCUAAGCGCUGGAAUGCUGAAGAGCAGAAAAACGUUGACGAGGUGUAA